UUGGUAGCUCAUAGUAUGGUUUUUCUAAAAUCUGAUCCAUGUUCCGGCGGUUACAUCACGCGAAACCGCAAGUCAAAGGGACUGUUAAAUAACUGAAAGAACAAUAAACUUCCUCAGGCAGUGCUAAUAAUGCCCGUUCCAUAGUGGCAACAAUCUAAAUUGCACUGACAUCAAGUACCAAAGGCGGUCAUCGUUUAGAACGCCACAUAGCGCAUUGCCUUUAACAAAGACGAACUCAAGCCAGCCAAGGGUCGCCCUCCUUCCAUGAUGCAUUAUGUAUCGAAAGUAAACAGAAAAACAUCGAUCGUAAUAAUAUUUUAAUUACAGUUCCGGCGCUACCAUCAACUACUAUAAAAACAUCGAUGUCACAUCGCCGCCGUCAUUUAUUGUUUCUGGCCGUUCAUUAGAAAACCUUCUGUUUGCCGGAGCCCGCUGCUCCGUCGGGUCAGUCAACACCGCAGCACUGGGUCAUUUAGGUCAGCCGCAGCUAUUUUCCCGACCGCGUACAUUUCUCUCCCUCAGUAGUGAAAACAUUAAUCUGUGAAGCUGAAGAACAGCAAACGAAACCGGGCAAGAAAUCGACCUCAAAAUCUUAUCUUAAAACUGUUGCGUCCGGAGUGAGGAAAUUCUAAGCUCGUUCAAGCAAGUGUUCGCGAGAGGGCCACAGAAGCGUCAAUACACACUCACACACACACACUCGCUAAUCGCACAUAAUUUGAGAUAAAUUUGUGAGAUAAAAGUGAAAACUACGCAUACAGCCGGUGGGGAAAUUUCAUAAUCUCUCGGUAGAAGUGGCUGUACGAACGACGGCUCUCCACCAUGAUUCACUCACAGAUGGAAGAUGCUCAGUACGAGAUUCGCCAUCAGGUGCUGAAUCCGAAUCAACGUCAGCAGCUGGAGGACAGGCGCCGCAUCAAGGAGCAACUGCAUCAGCUCGAACAGGAUAACGAGUCUCCGACGCACAUGUACAGGCGUAAGCUGAAGAUUGCUAGCGAUGUAAACCUGCUCGACCAGCACGAUUCGUUCUACCACACCACCAAGAGUCUGCUGGUGCUGUUCCAAAUUAUGGGCGUGAUGCCGAUAAUGCGCAGCCCGAAAGGUGUCGACAUGCCCCGUACCACGUUUACCUGGUGUUCCAAGGCGUUUCUCUGGGCGUACUUUAUCUACGCCUGCGAAACGGUCAUUGUGCUGGUGGUGGCCCGGGAGCGCAUUAACAAGUUCAUCUCAACCAGCGACAAGCGGUUCGAUGAGGUGAUCUACAACAUCAUCUUUAUGUCGAUAAUGGUGCCCCAUUUUUUGCUUCCCGUAGCAAGCUGGCGUAACGGUUCGGAGGUGGCAAAAUUCAAAAACAUGUGGACGGAUUUUCAGUACAAGUAUCUCAUCGUCACCGGAAAGCCCAUCGUUUUUCCGAAGCUGUAUCCGAUCACGUGGACCUUGUGCAUCGUAUCGUGGUCGUUGAGUUUGGUGAUCAUCCUGUCGCAAUAUUACCUGCAGCCAGACUUUCAGUUCUGUCACACCUUUGCCUACUACCACAUCAUUGCAAUGUUGAACGGGUUCUGUAGCCUUUGGUUCGUCAACUGCACCGCAUUUGGGACGGCUAGUAAGGCCUUUGCCAAAGAACUAACAGACGUACUGGCGACCGAACGGCCAGCCGCGAAGCUGACCGAAUAUCGUCACCUGUGGGUGGAUUUAAGCCAUAUGAUGCAACAACUGGGUAAAGCAUAUUCCAACAUGUACGGCAUCUACUGUUUGGUGAUAUUCUUCACCACUAUUAUCGCCACCUACGGCUCGCUGAGCGAAAUUAUCGAGCACGGUGCCACGUAUAAGGAAGUGGGUUUAUUUGUCAUUGUUUUCUAUUGUAUGAGCUUGCUGUUCAUCAUUUGCAACGAAGCUCAUCACGCAUCCAAAAGGGUCGGAUUGAACUUUCAGGAACGUUUGUUGAAUGUAAAUUUAACGACGGUGGACAAGGCUACACAAAAGGAGGUAGAAAUGUUUCUGGUUGCCAUCGACAAAAAUCCCCCUACGAUGAAUCUUGACGGGUACGCCAACAUCAAUCGCGGACUCAUCACAUCGAACAUAUCCUUCAUGGCGACGUAUUUGGUCGUUUUGAUGCAGUUCAAAUUGACCUUACUACGACAAAGUGCUAAAAAUGCUUUCAUUUCUGCACUCAAAGCUAACUUGUCUAGAAUUCGAUCGCUUGACGCAGACAAAGUGAACACCUAAAUAAGGAAGGAACGCACGUUGAAAACAUCCAUUGAUCCAUUCUCACAUGUCCAGAAU